GCUGCUAACAAAUUGGUGAGUACCCUUUCAAAAUUACUCGUGUCCCCACAAAGUGUUAUAUUAUUUUAUAUCACUUUCAUUCGUCAAAAGUCAUCAAAAACCAAGUGCAUGUACUUGGCAGUGGCGCUUAUCAUUAUAGUCGCAAGUUUGGUCAAGCUGCACUUCCGCAAUGGACCGCCCAGAAUUUCUACUAUUGGCGCUAAGCAUCGUCGGAACCAUGGGGUUUAUCCCCCCUGGUUCUAUUGGGGAAAAGGACCCAAUGCUCACUGAAGUGCUUCUCCGCGAAGUGGUAGAGCGUAUGGGGAAGGACUUCAACGACGCAGCAUCCAGCUAUCUGGACUUCCCCAGUGAGCGCCAUCUGGCGAUGAUCGCGCGGGCCAACAAGGAUCUGGAGAAUGAGCAGUUGGACUACGACUCCUUGAUCGAUGGCAACCCUAGCCCCAGUCUGCGCGACCAGGAGUAUCUGCAGCACAGUUCACUGUGGGGUCACCAGUACAUGACGGGAGGAGCGGGGGAAGGCAAACAACGACUGCAGCCUUCGGGGAUAAUGCCCAACAGGCAGAUGGUCAAAACCGAUGCGGUUCUACCAGCUUACUGCAACCCACCCAAUCCUUGCCCCAUUGGAUAUUCAGAAGACCAGGGCUGCAUCACCGAGUUCGAAAACACCGCAGCGUUCAGCCGUGACUACCAGAUGGCCCAACAGUGCAUGUGUGACGCUGAACACAUGUUCAGCUGCCCGCCGGAGUCCUCCUCCGAACUGGACAUGGGUUUCCCUGAGCACCACAAAAACCUGGUCGCCAAGAAAUUUAAACCCGAUAAUCCGUACUUAAUGGGCGAACGCUUGCCUAUAGCGGCCAAGAAGGGUUUCGAAGUAAACUCGUACUAAGUAACUAAGUAGCUAUAUAAAAUAAUAUUAGUGUCUAUUUAACAUUGCCUAAGAAAAAAUCGCUCAAAGCGACAUAUACUUUGGUGAAUCUUGGUGGUUUUAACUGUAAUUUAGUUUUAUUGCAGCCUCAUUGUCGUCGUGUAUUUUUGAUAAAAUAGUCAAUAUCUUGUAUGGAAAUUUUCGUUGACAAAGUUGAUUGGGGUGUAGGAUUAGGUGCACAAUCAGGGUAAGUACUAAAUAUUCUUUCUUUUUCCGCUUUAGACGUGUUUUUCUCUGUCUAAUGGAUUUGUUUUGUUCAAGCACUUGAAAAGCUUGGAGACAUUGUUAUGAACGAUUUAUUUCUGUAGUUUUUUUUUUAAAGGUAAAGCUUUCUAACAAAGAUUUAUAUCUUAAUGGAAGUCGGUAGAAUAACUAAGUACGUACUAGCUAUUCUUUGGCAUUUUCUUUAUGUUUGUAUAAUUUCGAACAUUUCUUUAUUUAUUUAUUUCUGCUAACGGAACCAAAUAAAACUAUUUGUGAUGUAAAAUGAUUGAAUGAAUUGAUCAUGGAAAAAUAGGAGGAAGUCCCAUCAUAAAAAAAUAAAAUCAAACACUUAGAAAAAAUACUUAGGUACUAUUUGUCUCACAUUUUAUCACACACUCAGUUUGAAAAAAGUAAUCUAAACUGUAAGUUGAAAUAUUGUGUAUAUUUAUUGAAAUAACGCAUGUUAAUUGUUGAACAUAUAAAAAUAAUGUUUAGAAGCUUGUUAUUUAAAAGUAUUUAGGCAUAGUGUCCGGAUCGCAUGUCCAAUUCGCAAAAUAACUAAUAUUCAACGUAAUAACCCUGUCACCUCGUUACAAAUUUACGCAGACGCAGCAUUCAAAAUAUGAUAUACUUACUAAACAUAGAAAAACUGUCGUAAUAAAAAACCACAAACAUUUUGGCGAUCUAUAGUUACAGUGUUUAAGGUGUAAUAUAUUAAACCUGUGCAGUAUUUUAUUUAGUGAUAUUUGAUUAAAAUACUAAUGAACAAUAGUAUAUUUAAAUAAUUAACUAAUUGUAAUACAAAAUAUUAUCUUUUCACUAGAAUUAGUUAAGCGUAAAGAACGAAAGAGGAAAAAUAAAAUGAAAACGUUAAGUCUGUCUAUGUGUAGACCUGAGAUGGCAAACCGAAGGCACGCCAAGAAUUUUCUAGAAGUAUGAAACAAAUAACGAUGAGUGAAAUAAAUAAAAAGAAGAAUUAAACAUUUGAUUGCAAUUCAUAUCAGAAAUCACACUAACAUUUUUAUGAACAUGGUAAGAUGAUGAGUUUAUUAUUUGUUUGUAAACCCUAUUGCACAAAGAAAAUACAGAGAGAGCAAAAAAGAGACGUGCACAAAUGAGUAUACCAGAGAGGGACUUGUAAACCAGCUUUCCGUUGCGUUUAUUUCGUGUUCUUAUUAUUGUCUAUAUCUCGGGUUCUAAGCAACUUAUUCCGAUGAAACCUAUACCAGAUUUUAAGUUAGACCAUCCGCAAUGUAACUAAUAAUGGCAUCAAAUUUCAUCUAGUAGUCAUAAAAACAGACAGACAAAUAUAGUUUUAUUAUAUGUAUAGGUGUUUAUAAAAUAAAAUCGAUCAUUUAGUUACAUACGUAUACCAAUCAGGGUUUGCCAUCCAAUAGAUGUUGAAUUGGAACUUAGUGUAAAACGCUCUUCAUUGUAUUGCAAUUCUCUAGUGAAAAGAAGAUACUUGAUUCAAGAAACAAACAACGUCUAUAAAAUUAAAUAAAAACUACAACAUUAUAAAGUCUCAUAGGUUUAGUGCUAAGGUUAAGUGUAAGCAUAAGUGACUUGUACAUAUAAAAACACAUGAUGGCGCAGAAAAUAGAACGUAAUAGCUAUAUUCCGAAUAGAUGUAAAAUAUAUUAUAUAAAGCCUAUAUUCUUAUAAUGAAUAGUGAUACUUAAAUAUAUAAGCCUUUUAAGUUUAUUGUAAGUAUUUAACCUUUUCAAUUUUCUUAACAAACGCCGACGCUGUGAAUUUCGUUAGAUGUAAAUAUUGCAGGUAUCAAAUUUAAAUUAAUUUUAAUUUAUAAAUAUACAAGAGUUCAUGUAAAUCUUUGAUAAAACUUUAUGAGAACUUUCUAUCAGUCAACAUUACAUUAACUUUCGCAAAAAAUGUAAUUAAAUGGUAAUUAACGAAGUCAAAUACGAUCACCUGUAUGAAAUCGGGCCAUAGUAUUGGUUGUUUAAAAGACAUACACUUAAUGUUCUGUUAUAUUUUUUGGGAAAAGUUCAAAUGUCGUUAUCUAUAGGUGUAAAGGUUUAUAAAUGAUUUACAAAUGAACCAUGUAUACAUUAGUUUCUAAGUCAUCGUAUAAUACUAAUUACCUCCAGGGAAAAAACGAUACUAUAUACGUCGUAUUGUAAACAAAAUUCAAAAGGGCUUCUUUAAAAUUACAACACCAUCAUUUUUAACCACAUAAUAUUAACGGGACGUGGCACGAACCGUACAAUAUUUUGGCAUCUUUCAAUGUGAAUUCAGCCUAAUAAUACCAAUACCAACAAUAAAUGACAGAGAGGUAAGAACAGAGGAAAGAAGCGAAAAGUCUAUGACACGUCGUCCUGAUUGGCUAGCGAUCGUACAGUGGAACGAUGGAACUACAAACUCUAUAGAUGGA